UGAAAUUCCUUCUGCUGUCACGUCGCGAACAUACGUGCAGAAAUAAUAAAUAUACACACAUUUACUUCUUAAAUUAUACGCAUAUAAAUUAACAAAGAUGCCGGCUACCGAGGUGGUUUUAUCAGAAGACAAAUUAGGAAAGAAAUUGGACCAGUGUAUAUCUGACACAAUUGUCAAAGGAUGCGGCGGUCUUGUUAUUGGUUCAGUGGCGUCCCUAUUAUUCUUUAAAAGACGAGUGUGGCCGGCAUUUGUGGGCACUGGUUUUGGAGUGGGUGUAGCGUACAGUACUUGCGAAAAAAGUUUAAACUCUCUGAAAUGAAUGUAAUACCAGUCACACCAUAAUUAAAACGAAAAUGUUAAUGUAAUAUAAUUGCAAUAAAUGUAAUAGACAAAAUCUUGUGCAUUUCUAGUGGGAAUAACUUUUGGUAUAUUGCUCUUUUUGUAACCUGUGGUAUUUAAGCCACCAAAAGUAUUCAAAAUGAAUUAUAUUUUUAAUUCAUUUUAUAAUUUAUUUAUUUAUUUACGCACAUGAACCUCAAAACAUUGGUGCAAAAAAUAAAAGAAAUUAAAAAAUAUAGUACUAGUAAUUUUACUAAUGGGUUUUUGGUAUAUAUGGAGUUUGAACCUGCGGUCACUCUGAUUAAUAGUGAAAUAGAUGUGCUAAACAUUUAAGUAAACAAAAAAAAUGGAUUAUAAACAAAAAUAUGCAAGAUUAAAACACCGCGUUAAAAAUUAUGUUCUGG